AAAUGCAAGAAGAAGAAGAAGAAGAAGCUAAACCUCUCUCUGCAUCUGUAAAUGGCGUUUUCAGGAACUUUGCAGCUGACUUCUGACUACGUUCCUGGUUAUGGAGCUUCAGAUAGCAGGAGCUUCUCUAAAUCUACUGUUUCAAGAAGAACCCUCGCCGUAUUGCCUUGCUCUUCCUGUCGAAUUAACAAACUAUGCAUUGAGAAUGGACAUCUAAAAUCUGCUACUAACAAAACUUCCUUUGUGUGCCGAGCAAGUUCUUCAGGCCAUAGGAGAAAUAAUCCUGAUUUCUCAAGAAACAAUAAGCAUGGUUUCCGAGGCAGAAACAGACGAAACGAAGAUAGGGAUGGUUUAGUAGAUGGUGGUCUCGAAGACGACAUUUUGUCUUCCAAAAACGGUCCUAUACUCUCGCUAUCCAGUUCCCCGAAAUUCCAGGCUACUUCAUCACCUGGACCGAAAGAGAAAGAGAUAGUGGAGCUUUUCAGGAAAGUUCAAGCUCAGCUCCGGGCUCGAGCUGCUGCUAAGAAAGAAGAAAAGAAGACUGAAGAAGCUUCUAAAGGACAAGGAGGAAAAGAUAGCGAGACAGUGGACUCCCUUCUUAAGUUACUGAGGAAGCACUCAGGAGAACAAAGCAAAAAACAAGUUAGCAAUUUUAAUCCUGAAAAGCAGCUACAAAGAGAUGAUGAUGCUUCAGAAAGACAAGAUCACAGUUCCAAUCGUUUUGAUUCGCAAAACAAAGAUCAUAAUGCAACACCCUUUACCAGGCCAGCAUCAAGCUUCAGACGCAAUUCGCCUGUACCAAGACAUAAAUCCCAAGCCAGUUAUUCUAGUGAGGCCAUUUUUGAUCAAGCUUCAAGUUACAGUGUGACUUGGACCCAGAAAAAGGAUCAAGUAGAGCUGCGUGAUGAACCUGAAUACGAGCCUGAGCCUGAGUCUGCAGCUGAGUAUGAUGAACCUGAGCCUGAGUCUGCAGCUGAGUAUGAUGAACCUGAACCUGAGGCUGAGUAUGAAUCUGAAUCUGAACCAGGACUUGCUAUUCUAGAUGCAGUGUCAGAGCUGAAACCAGAAUCGUUUUACCAAGAGGAGGAUGAAGAUGAGGAGGAGGAUCAUGAUGUCGUUGUAGAUGAGUUAUCAGAUGAUGACGAGUCUCUCAAUACCGAGGAAGAAACUGCGAAAGAUGAAGAUUUGAGUGCACUGAAGUUGGUAGAACUUAGAGCCAUAGCAAAAACAAGAGGACUUAAAGGGAUUUCAAAGAUGAAAAAAGCUGAUCUACUGAAUUUAUUGGGUAGUAAUAAUAAAGCAUGAUGAUCAGAUUUAACAUGAAUCAGAUUGAACAUUGCUUUAGUUUUUGAUACAGCUAAUGAAUCUCCAAAUAUUUG